GUAUUGUUUUGAUAUAGAUGAUCAUAUUGUUUAUAAGUGGCGGAAAAUUCAUGUUGUGGGAAAACGAGUGGUGAUAAGUUUUGGUCUGCCUUAAUCCACAAAUGCUUGAAUUUAGGCGAGUGUUGAAGCUUUCAGAAAACAUGAUGCGGUGACAUGCAUAGUUAUGUCUCAAGGCAGGAAAAUGGCAAGAGUACCAGCAGGAAGGGAUAGAGAGAAGCAUCGGUCUUCGAGCCCAAAAUUGCGAGGCUCUGGAGGUGCUGGGCGCUCAUCUUCAGGAAGAGUAGGGAAGACACAAGUGAAGAAAUCUUCUUCUGACCGGAAACUCGAGUCUCAAAAAUUGAGAUUAGCUGCUAGAGAAAUAAGAUCCGACCAACGACACACAGUUAAGAACAAAAAUACGUCGAAAGUACAAAAGCAGGUUCCGAAAGCCGACAGUACGCCAACAGUUGCAGAAGGAGAGGAGACUGAAGAUGUGGCACUGUACAAACAGAAUAUGUUGGUAACACCAGAUUCCGAACGAAAAUGUUCAGCACGUGAAAUCGAAAAAAUCAGAGAAGCUCUUGUAGACGCUCUCGAACCUCUCGAGGACGGGUGUUUUCCACAGUUUUACAAUUCGAACAAUUCACAGGGUGUUCUCGUCCUUACGUGUGCCAACGAGCAGACAAAGCAGUGGCUGGAGAGAACUGUGCCCCUGCUGAAGCCGUGGGACGAUGCGAAGCUCUGCGUAAAGCCUAAAGGGGAACUCGCACGAGGGACUAAGGUACUAUUUAAGACACCAAAGUUGUUUGCCAAGACAGACCCCAAAAAAAUCUUGCUGAUGCUCAGCACUCAAAACAAGACUCUAGAGACCAGGACGUGGAGGAACGUGAGUGCUAAAUCAGAUUCGUCGGGCCAGACUCUGGUCUACGUAGUCGACAAUCGGAGUCUCGAAGCCAUCCGAGCCUUGAAGAAUAAAGCGUAUCUCGGAUUAGGCAAUGUCGAGUUAGUUAUCUUAGAUGAGGAGGACAGCAAGCAACCCUCUGUAGAUGCAGACAUGAAAAUUGAGGCGGAAGAUGGCGAGGACACCUCCAUAGAUACCGACACUGUUCCUGCAGAAAAAGCUGAAGUGUCGUGAUGUUCGUAUUUGAGAAGCAGCCACAGACAUUUAGUCAAUUGUUGCUCGAAUAGAGCAGAUCCGGAGAGAACUUCGUGUGAAUUCAGUGUCCUCGUACAGUGUACCGAGGAGGACAGUGCGUGUGCUCGAGCUGAUUCUGGCUACGGUGCAACCUUGUUUAUUUGGACUAUGUGAGACCAGAAGUAAGCCUACAAACCAGGAGAAUGUGGUAAUACAAAUAAUGUUGUUGUGGUCUUCAGGCCAGAAACUCACUCAGUGCCUCUCCCCAUAUUAGUCUAUCCUGAGCGGGUCCUUUUAUUGUUGUGUAACUACUGCAACCUAUAUCCGUUUGAAUCUACUUACUGUUGUCGAGCCUGAGUCUCUCUCUAAAGUUUUUAUCUCUCACACUUUCCUCAAUUACCGAGUUGACUAUUGUUCGAUGCCUCAGGGCGUGUGCUGUUCACUGAUUUCACUGAUCUCUUCCAUUAGUCGAAUUGUGCCAUAAUUUUCUGUCAUCCCUGACUAGAGUCAAUACCUCUUCAUUGAUUUUUCAUUCUGUCCAUUAGAUCUUCAGCAUUCAUUUGUCACACCACAUUUCUAAAGCUUGUAUUAACUUUUUAUCUGUACUGUUAUUGCCCUCAUUUCACUGUGAUAUAAGGCUACUCUCUGCACCCUUUAACCUUAAAUUUAUGUGAUAUGUUGACAUAUUUCUCUUUGUCAGGGAAGCUUUUCUUGCUUUGUCAGUCAGCUGUCAGUUAUUUUCCUACCUAAAUAGCAAAGUUUGUCUGCUUUUAGCAUUUCAUUUCCUAGUCUGAUUCCCCCCCAGCAUCACCUACUGUAAAGGAAAUGCACUGCCUUAUGCGUCUUUACCUUUUAUUUAUGUUCAGCUUAUAAUCUCUUUCAAAGACAUUAUCCAUACUAUCAACAGAUCUUUCAAGGCUUAUAAUAACAAAACAUACUGUAUGGUUCAUGUAAUCUAUUUCAAAGGCAUUAUCCAUACAAUCAACUGAUCUUUCAACAAAACAUACUGUAUGGUUCAUUCUGAUGUAAAACUAUGUAACAGACAAGAUUUUACAGUUUUUUGAAAAACAAAAACUGUCCUCUUAGUGUUUUUUAAAAGACUGGUCAAGCUGUAGUGGAGUGCCGGGGUAUGCCACAGUGUGUGUUGUCUCCCUCGACCCCUGCUGCACUUUGUCUGUCGCAGCACCACAAGCACCAACCAAUGUUUUCCAUACCUGCCUCACUGCUUCCAUUUACGUAUUAUAUGUUUAUAGGAAAUCACCGUGAGCCAUAUCAAACACAGUUUCUGCAAAUUGCAUACUCAGCAUUAUAUUAAAAAGUGGUUUAACGUAAGGAAUGAAAAUAAAAUUUUCGUGAAGGACUAAUAGGGAUAAAUGAGAGCUAUAAAAACAACGUUGUACUGUAGCAGCGACAUGUUAUAUUUCAGUGUAGCUGUUAUGUGACAGAUGUGCACAAUUCUCAACAUUUCCUCCUUAUUACAAACUUUCCAAGGCACUGUACAUUAUGUCUUUCCUAAAAAAAUAAAGCAAAAUGAAAGUUUUUCUUUAUUUGUUUGUUAAUUGCAAAUGCACAGUUACAAUUGAAGAAAUGCCUCUCAGUAAGUUAUGCACUGCUAACAUAUGUGCUGUUUGCAGUUUGUGGUAUCCAGUGGGCCUGAUUGCAUAAUGCAACAGAGAGCAGUGGGUUGGGGGCUCUGAGAUUUAAUUUCUGCUUGGGAAAAUGUUGAGUUUGUGGAAAAUAAACCGAGGUAAAUUUCUUCGCUAGGAAAUGAAAACCUCUUAACUCAAAUUGGUCAAAUUUUACAGGAGGAACAAAAAACUGGUUAUAGAAAUCACAUGGGGACCUGAUUAGUCACAUGUAGUGGUUUCUGCUACACAAUAUGGAUGUGGUCAUUGGUACAUAAGACUUUAUUAUGCACUUCUAAUUGUCUGCCGGUUUUUGGAGUUACAAGGUUUUCACAGUUAUUUUUUUGGUAGUGAUGGAGAUAAGAGGCAUGUAACGAGUGCACAGCUAAGAAUUGAAAUGAAUGAAUGUUUAAUUUGUUUUAAAAAAUACUUAGUUAAACUUUGCAUUAUUUGUGUAUUAUGAAACAUCUGUAUAAGGAUACAUUGUUACAGAUAUAAAGUGAAAUGAAUAAUUUCACAUUGAUCAAAAUAUUAGAAUCUGGAUGUUAAUAAA